ACUCGUACCUACGCAUACAGCACGCGUAACGCAAAUAAAUACUGUGCUUCAUCCGGACUUAUCCAGCCCGACUCGCUGAGAGAAAACUGCACGACACGAAAACGUCAGAUUUGUACAGAACGUAUCUAAAGAGUCCCACCGGAGCUGCAUGCAUGUUUCACCGAGACUGCAGAGUGCAGGUGACCUAUACCUGGAGCGAGUGAGUCACCCCAGGCUGCAGGAGGGUGAGCAUGCGCCCGCUGCGCCGCCGUCUCGCUCUCUCGCUGCUGCUGACGGGAGUCGGCACUCUCUUCGUGCUCAACAGCUUUGAAAGGCGCCAGCCUUGGUCGGAGGAGCCGCUCAGGGGCGGCGGUCGACCGCCAGUGGUGUUCAGCCCAGCACCGCUCCACCCUCCGUCUCCGCACAGUGUGGUGGUGCGACACUCGACCGGGGCGCCGACGGAGGCGCCGUCGGCCGACCUGCGCGCCAUGGUACUCACCGAGUACGUCAUGGAGGAGACGCAGCCCGGCUCGGGCGUGUGGCGCGCCUCCGCCUGGAACGACACCCAGUUCUCGGCGGCCGAGCUGGCGCUGCUGAGAGGCAUCACCGCCUGGCUGGAGAGCGCCAGCGGCCGCUGCGACCGGCUGCAGAUGCUGGGCGCGCCGCGCCGCUCCGGGAACGGCGUGCGGCCCGAGCUGCCUGUGUGCGCCGACCCGCCGACGGUGGCCGGCGGACGACGCACGCCCUGUCUCGUCUACCAGCUCGGUGUAGCCGGCGGCGACUGGACGUUCGCCGAGCAGAUGGCACGCCGGGACUGUCACGUGUUUGUGCUCGACCACCGCGAGCGUGCCGAGCCUGAGGGUGAGCACUCGUACCACGUGCUGUUCCGGCGGCUGGGCGUCGGCCGGACCACCUACGUGGCGUCGGGCGGCCUGGUGCUGACGCUGGACGGUCUGAUGCGCGAGCUGAACCACACGCAGCAGCAGGUGCACUACCUGCGCUCCGACCUCGGCGGCCUGGAGACGGAGAUGCUGUUCGACCAGCUGCUGGACCCCAAGUCGCGCCGCCGCCGCCGGUUCGUGCUCGACCGCGUCGACCAGAUGUCGCUGCGGCUGCAGCUGCGCAGUCGGGUGGAGCGCGAGCUGACCUUUUACCGGAUGCUGGGGAGCGCGCUGCGCCAGCUGGAGCUGCUCGGGUUCGAGCUGGUGCACAGUGCGCCGCUGGCGGCCGGAGACCUGUGGAAGUUCCCCGGUCGGGAGCAGCCCAUGGCGCUCAUACACGACGUGCUGCUCGUGCGGAAACGGCCGCCUGCCCGGGGCUUCUCCGCCAAUAUGGUCCUAUGAAUCGGGCGAAUCAUCUAUUGUACAAUUAUCUGUGAUGUCAAUGUACAAUGUACAUAGAAGAUAGGUAUAAGCCAAUGUAUUCUUUUUAACCCGGCAGGCGGUGGGCCUCCCUGCCACCU